UCUUUGAUUCGAACCCCGGACCUAUUACUCGUGUUUUUGCUAUGGCGUCAUCGUCAUGGAAAUGGAAAUGGCGCCCUCUUUCUAAGCUCGCCAGGAAUUUCGCGAGUAGCGCGCUCGUAAUCGCGGAGCACGGAGGAGGAUCGGUGAAGAACGGAUCGAUCAGCGCCGUCGCUGCCGCUGCGGCCGCAUUAGGCGAUUCUUCGCCCGUGACGUUGCUCGUAGCUGGAUCGGGGGGAGCGGAGCUCGACGCGGCAAUCCAGCACGCGAGCUCGGCUCAUCCGGCAGUCUCUCAGGUUCUGGUAGCUCGAUCGCCGCUGCUGGGGCAGCCAUUGGCGGAGCCAUGGGCGGAGCUUCUUGUCCAAGCCCAGAAGAAGGGAAAUUACUCUCACAUAUUCGCUGCGUCUUCGUCGUUUGGAAAGGAUGUGUUGCCCCGAGCGGCAGCGCUGUUGGGAGUCUCUCCAAUCACAGACGUGACUCGAACGAUCGAUCAACACACGUACAUCAGACCAAUCUAUGCAGGAAAUGCUAUGGCUACUGUGAGGUUUAAAGGCUCCGGUCCAUGCAUUGUAAGCAUUAGAGCAACAUCCUUUCCAGCAGUUCCCGGGCUCGCAUUAACCGGAGUUGGCCAUCCUUCCAUCGUCGACUUCGAUGCUUCGUCUCUUUCUUCGGGAGCGAUUGGAAAGUCGAAGUGGAUUGGUUUGUCUUCGCAGCAAACGGAGCGGCCAGAGCUGGGUGCCGCAAAAAUCGUGAUCUCUGGGGGCCGGGGACUCAAAAGCGCAGAGAACUUUGAGUUGCUAGAGAAACUUGCUGACAAGCUUGGAGCCGCUGUGGGAGCAUCGAGAGCCGCAGUUGAUGCUGGAUUUGUUCCGAACGACAUGCAGAUUGGACAGACUGGAAAGAUUGUGGCGCCAGAGCUUUAUAUUGCCGUAGGAAUUUCAGGAGCUAUACAGCAUCUCGCUGGAAUCAAAGACUCCAAAGUUAUCGUUGCUAUCAACAAAGAUCGAGACGCUCCAAUCUUUCAGGUCGCGGAUUACGGUCUUGCUAUGGAUCUCUUCGAGGCGCUUCCAGAGCUGGUCGCUAAAGUUCCCUCUAAGCGACUAUAAACGAUGAAUUCAUCGUUUGUAUACAACCUGUUUCUUCGAUCGAAUAAAAAUCCCGCGCGAGUUCUUCUCA